AUGAUCCGGUUCAUUCUCCUUCAGAAUCGGCAAGGGAAGACGCGUCUUGCGAAGUACUAUGUUCCGCUAGAGGAUUCAGAGAAGCACAAGCUAGAAUUCGAGGUUCACCGACUGGUGGUUCAUCGCGAACCGAAGUUCACAAACUUUGUCGAGUUCCGCACGUACAAGGUGAUCUACCGGCGCUAUGCAGGCCUCUUCUUCUCGCUCUGCGUUGACCUCACGGACAACGAGCUGGCGUACCUCGAGAGCAUCCAUCUCUUUGUGGAGAUCCUAGAUCACUUCUUCAGCAACGUCUGCGAGCUUGACCUGGUCUUUAAUUUUCACAAGGUUUACCUUAUCCUUGAUGAGUUUGUUCUUGCGGGCGAGCUUCAAGAAACAAGCAAAAAGGUCAUUAUCGAAAGAAUGGCAGAACUGGAGAAGGCAGACGGUCUCCAGCCGGAGCUGGAGGUAACGAGCCCCGCGUUCGGCGCUGAUAAGGGAUGUAGCGUCGAGGAGUUCACCGAUCUGAGCUUGCGCGAGGAAGAAGGUGACUGUAGCGAUCCUGCACGUGACUAUACCGAGCGGCACAUGGUGUUUUCAGAAGGCACGGCAGGUGUCACGUUAUCGAGCACGAAGCGCGCGCGCAACGAGCGGGACGGCGAAGGGAUGUGGAAGGCAGCCAAGCGACGAUGCGUGGCCUUCGAUUGUGUCACGAUCCCCCAUCUUCCUUCAUUAGGGGAACCUCGAAUUCAGCCAGACGUGCGAAAACCAGAUGCCUCAACGUCUUCACCAGCAUCAGAACCGACAAGGCGAAGCACCACGAGCAAAUCUCCCAGCCCAGUUUCUCGCCCUCAAGCAAUUCCUCUCACAAGCCCGCUCCCAUGUCCCACAGCUAGCGAUCUCCCCAUUCUCUCAUGUCCGUUAACGCGCUUCAAGCGGCAGCGGCCGCCGACAAUAGAUAUCCCGCGUAGGGGCUGCUUCACGUCGUCGCCGGCCGGCACGCCGGAUUCGGCGGCGGAGGAUGCGCUGGACGGCGUGGUGGAGGUGGCGGAGAGCGGCGCGUGCUUCGCGGUGGCGUGCAAGCGCGGGCGGAAAGCCGUGAUGGAGGACACGUACCAGGCGCUCAUGGGGUUCGCCGGGCGCGAGAGCGAUGUAAGUGCGAGGAUCUACCGGUUCUGCCUUUGCGUGUCAAGCAUUUGCGUGUCCUGCACCUGCACGUUGCCGUGGCUUGCAAGCGCGGGCGGGCGGAAGGCGGUGAUGGAGGACACAUACCAGGCGCUCAUGGGGUUCGCAGGGCGUGAGAGCGAUGCGUUCUUCGGGGUGUUCGACGGGCACGGCGGCACAGCAGCAGCUAAGUUCGCAGCGGCGGAGCUGGCGACCCGCGUGGCGCAGGCAGCCGCGCGCACAGGCGCGCACGCGAGUGAGGCGGCGCUGGUGGAGGGGUACCUGGAGGCGGACAGGCGCUUUCUGGAGCAGAACGUCGCCAGUGGCACCAGCUGCCUCACCUGCUGGGCCACUCCUGGGCGGCUUUUUUUGGCGCAUGCAGGGGACUGCAAGGCAGUGCUGGUGAAGGGGGGAAGGGCGGUGGCGCUGACAGAAGACCACCGGGCGGGCAGGGAAGACGAACAGGCUCGCAUCACUGCCCUGGGUGGCUUCGUGGACACAGCCACAGGCAUGCCGCGCGUGCAGGGCAUCCUGGCAGUGACGCGGGGCAUAGACGCGCACUUGAAGGCGUUCAUCACUCCGCAGCCAGACGUGGCGCAGGUACGCUUGGGAGCGGACUGCAGCGCUCUCAUUCUUGCAUCCGACGGGCUCUGGGACGUGGUGGCGCCACAAGACGCUGCUGACGUGGUCGCAGCAGUGGAGGCACGGGCAGCAGCGGGGGGAGCGCAGGCAGCAGCGGGGGAACCACCACCCCUCCUUGCACCCCCCAUUCCCGUGCCUCCACCACCCCACCUUGUCUACCCCGCCCACGUAUCCCCACCACCACCACUGCCACCACCACCACCACCACCACCACUACCACCACCUCCACUCCCACUCCCACCACCAGCACCCCACCCACACCCCGCCGCCUUUUCUCUCCCGGCUCCAUAG